AAAAUCGGCUGACUUAUGAAAAAUUGAACAGAAGCUCCCUGGAUUGUUUGCAGCGACAGCUCUCCCUCUCUACUAAACUAAACUUAGAGCCCCCUCUAUUGCAGGCUCCAACCCGCCAGCAACCGCUCUCCACAGUACGUGUCUCGCUCCGGGAGCUCAGGCUGUGCGCGCGGCCUCAUGAACGAGAGGAAACACAGCCGUACGCUCUCUGGAGCCUCCAAAACCAAGGACGACCCCGCAGUAGCUACGCCUGGGGAGUUUGUUCGUCGCUAUGGAGGCAAGAGAGUGAUAGAGAAGGUCCUGAUAGCCAACAAUGGGAUAGGGGCAGUCAAAUUCAUUCGCUCCGUUCGAAGAUGGAGCUACGAAAUGUUCAACAACGAGAGGGCGAUCACGUUCCACGCCAUGGUAACCCCUGAGGACCUCAAGGCAAAUGCGGAGUACAUCCAUCUAGCAGACAAUUUCAUCUUGGUCCCUGGAGGGACUAACAACCAUAACUAUGCCAACGUCGACCUCAUUCUAGACCUAGCCAAGAGAAUACCUGUACAGGCGGUGUGGGCGGGGUGGGGCCACGCCUCAGAGAACCCGAAGCUGCCCGACAUUCUCCACAAAGCCAACAUCGCCUUCCUCGGUCCGCCAGCCUCAGCCAUGUGGGCCCUCGGAGACAAGAUUGCCUCAUCCAUUGUCGCCCAGACUGCCUCCGUACCCACCCUACCCCUGGAGUGGAUCAGGUCUGAAACUGGACCAGUGUCCCUCUGACAUCAAGCGAGGUAGGAUGGCCCACAUUCCAGACCAGCUGUACAGCGAGGGGUGUGUGUCUGACGCCAGACAUGGAAUGGAAGUGGCGGAACGGAUCGGGUACCCAGUCAUGAUCAAGGCCUCGGCAGGAGGUGGCGGGAAGGGGAUACGCAAGGCCCGCAACUCUGAGGAAUUUCCAUCUCUCUUCUACCAGGUACAGGCUGAGGUCCCAGGGUCUCCUGUGUUUGUCAUGAAACUAGCCAAAAAUGCCAGACACAUUGAGGUCCAGAUCAUAGCAGAUGAAUAUGGGAAUGCCAUCUCUCUCUUCGGCAGGGACUGCUCAGUUCAGAGGAGGCAUCAGAAGAUCAUUGAAGAAGCUCCAGCCACCAGUGUUGUAGAUCAGGGGGUGUUCCACGAGAUGGAGCUGGCUGCCAUUAGACUGGCCAAGAUGGUCGGCUACGUCAGUGCCGGGACAGUGGAAUAUCUCUACCAUGACAACGGACAGUUCCAUUUCCUCGAGUUGAACCCCAGACUCCAGGUCGAACAUCCGUGUACUGAGAUGGUGGCCAACGUAAACCUGCCUGCCCUCCAACUACAGGUUGGAAUGGGGCUGCCGCUGUACUGCAUCAAAGACAUUCGUUUGCUGUACAAGAAGGAGCCUUUUGCUACCACCUCCAUCGACUUUGACAACCCCUCGCCAGCUCCGUCUCCCCACGGUCACGUGAUUGCCUGCAGGAUAACGGCAGAGAACCCGGACGAGGGGUUCAGACCGGGCAGCGGGACCGUCCAGGAACUCAACUUCCGCAGCAGCAAGAACGUGUGGGGCUACUUCAGCGUCACGGCAACGGGGGGUCUCCACGAGUUUGCAGACUCUCAGUUUGGCCAUUGUUUUAGUUGGGGAGAGACGAGGGACAUCGCCAGACGGAACAUGGUGCUGGCUCUGAAGGAGUUGUCCAUCAGAGGAGACUUCAGGACCACCGUGGAGUACCUCAUCACUCUCCUGGAGACAGACAGGUUCCAUAGCAACAACAUUGACACCAGCUGGCUCGACCAGCUUAUAGCUGAGAAGGUGAAGGCGGAGCGUCCUGAUCCCAUGCUGGGUGUCAUCUGUGGAGCUCUGUGCAUCGCUGAGGUGGCGUUUCGGAAGAGAUUUGCCGACUACCAAGCUCUAUUGGAGAGGGGUCAGAUUAUGAAUGCAGAGAUGUUGUCCAACAAAGUUGAUGUUGAUCUUAUCAGCGACAGCAUCAAAUAUUCACUUGAAGUGUCACGUGUUCACCCCACAGUCUACGCCCUGGUAAUGAACAACAGUCUCCUCCAGCUGGAGGCCCACAAGAUGACCGACGCCUCUCUCCUCCUCUCGCUCCACGGCUCCAGCUACACCACCUACCUCAAAGGGGAGCCCGACGGGUACAGAGUCGUCAUCGGAGGGAAGACUUGCGUCUUUGAGAAAGAAAACGACCCUCGAGUUCUCAGGUCCAACUCUCCGGGUAAACUGCUGCAGUAUCUGGUGGAGGACGGUUGCCAUGUCGACGCCAACAAGCCGUACGCGGAGAUAGAGGUGAUGAAGAUGGUGACCACCCUCUCCACCAAGGAGUCUGGCAUUCUGCACCAUGUGAAGCGUCCCGGAGCCAUUCUCCAUCCCGGAAUGCUGGUUGCCAGGAUCGACCUCGACGACCCCUCACAUGUGAGACAGGCCGAGAAAUUCCUGGGCCCCCUGCCUUCGGCCCCCAAACUCUCGGAGUCUCAGAAGGCAAAGGUUCACCAGAGGUUCCAGCAGGCGGAGAUGACGCUGCAGCACGUGAUGGCCGGCUUCGCCAUGCCGGAACCUUUCUUUUCCGUCUCUCUGGACGAAACCCUCUCUUCUUUCCUCUCUGGACUCACCGACCCCGCCCUCCCACUCAUGGAGAUGCAGGAUGUGAUGUCGGCCAUCUCCAGUCGCAUUCCCACGUCAGUGGAGAAUGAGAUCCAGACCUGCCUCGGUCGCUAUGCCAACAACCUUACCUCAGUCUUCUGCCAGUUCCCCAGUCAACAGAUAUCCAACAUCAUCAACCGCCAUGCGGUGUCAUUGAAGAAGAGAUCGGAGCACGACCAGUUCUUCAUGAACACUAACCCAGUCAUGCAACUGGUGCAGAAGUACAGACAUGGUAUCAGGGGAAGAAUGAGGUCGACCAUCAUCACACUCCUCAACGAGUACCACAGGGUCGAGGAGAUCUUCCAGGGUGGGUACGACAAGGGGGUUUCCCUACUGCGAAGUCAUCACAACGGAGACAUGGCUAAAGUAGCGGCUGACAUCUUUGCUCACUACUACAUCUCAGGGAGGAACUCUCUGGCUGUGAAACUGAUUGAUGCCCUGAAGACAGAGGAGUCUUACAACAUGAAAGAAGAUCUGAAGGUCACCCUCUCACAACUCGCCUCUCUCUCCUACCACAAGAACUCAAAGGUCGCACUCGCUGCUCGCCAGAUGCUGAUAUCGGCCCACGAACCUCCGUACGAACUCCGCUACAAUCAAGUGGAGUCGAUGUUCUUAUCGGCGAUAUCAGGACUGUCGUUUGAGGCAGAUCGUCUGGAGCAGUUGAUAAAGAGUGGGACGUCUAUUUUCGACAUCCUCCCCUCUUUCUUCUACCACAAGAACAAGUUGGUCCGCGUGGCUGCUCUUGAAGUGUAUGUGAGGAGAUCGUACACUGCGUAUGACGUGACGUGUGUCCAACAUGAGAUGUUGGAUGAGAACACAACCCUUGUCCAGUGGCAGUUCCUCCUCCCCACCUCCCAUCCCAACAGGAAGGUGGCGUACCACAGAGGCAGCAUAUCUCUGCCGAUACCAAAGGUGUACAGUCUGAGUGAGGAUCUCGUGUCCCUCAGCAAACAGAUAUCUGCCCCUCCUUGUCAGCGCACCGGAGUCAUGGCUGCCUUCAACUCCUUCCAGCACUUCAAGGAGUAUUUCUCUCAACUGAUGGACCUGUUUGUUCCUCCUCCGUCGACCACACCCCCUGCCACGCCCCCCUCCAGUAACGGAGAUCUGUCGUCCAUUGAAGAGGAAGAUGCUGACGACAAUGUAUUUUCUGUCCCAAGCUCCACCUCAACAGAAGACGAACCAAUCCACAUAGUCAACAUCGGUCUCUACCUCAACGGCCCCGAGGACGACUCUGACUCCUCCCUCCUCAACCAGUGCAGCCAGUUCAUGAGGCAACACACGGUGGUGCUGCACCAGAAGGGCAUUCGGAGGAUCACGUUUCUGUUCUUCAAGGAGAGAGCUUUUCCAAAAUACUUCACCUUCAGAGCAAGAUAUGAGUUUAAAGAAGACACCAUCUACCGCCAUCUGGAGCCAGCUCUGGCGUUCCAACUGGAGAUUAACAGACUCAGCAACUUCAACAUCCAGGCCAUCCCCUGCCACAACCACCGCAUGCAUCUCUACCUCGGAUCUGCCAAGGUGGCUGAAGGGCAGGCAGCUACCGACCACCGCCUCUUCAUUAGGACCAUCAUCAGACAUUCCGACUUUGUCACCAGAGAAGCAGCGUAUGACUACAUGGUGAAGGAAGGUGAGAGAAUGUUUCUCGAGUGUCUGGACCAACUCGAGGUCGCCAGAGCCAAGCUUGAAGACGCACAGAAGACGGACUGUAACCACAUCUUUCUCCACUUCGUACCACCAAUCAUUCUAGACCCUCAGAGGAUCGCUGAGAAGAUGUUGUCAUUAGUGACACAGUACGGUGUCCGACUCCUGAAACUACGAGUCACUGAAGCUGAAGUGAAGAUCAUCAUACGGCUGAUGCCCACAGGCAAGAGUAUCAACAUAAGGGUCUUCGUAUCCAGUGAUAGUACGUUCACCAUCACCACUCACAUGUACAGGGAGGUGGAGGACCCCAGAACUGGAGAGUUGGUAUUUGAGACGUACGGGAGCCAGGAGGCGGGACCGCUGCACGGACUGAAGGUGAACACACCCUACCAAUCCAAAGACCACCUCCAGCAGAAGAGAUACGUGGCUCAGAACCUUGGCACCUCGUACAUCUAUGACUUUGUGGAGCUCUUCAGACAGGGGCUCAUUCGUCAGUGGGAACAGUAUGCGGCUGACGUGAAGAAAGUCAAAGGUGAGCAUGUCUCCAUUCCGGACAAGGUGUUGUCGAGUACGGAACUGGUCCUGGACGAGGAGGGCCAGCUGAGAGAGCUGAACAGAGUCUACGGGGAGAACGAGAUCGCCAUGGUAGCAUGGAGGAUGACGAUGCUGACUCCACACUUUCCCCAAGGUCGAGAGGUCAUUGUCAUCGGCAACGAUAUUACUCACAACAUUGGUUCGUUUGGACCCCAGGAAGACCAGUUGUUCAAGCUGGCAUCAGAGCUGAGUCGUAAGGAGGGCCUGCCGAGGGUGUAUAUAGCAGCCAACAGUGGAGCGAGGAUAGGACUUGCGGAGGAGUUGAAACAGCUGUUCAAGGUGGCCUGGGUGGAGUCUGAGUACCCCGAGAAAGGCUAUCGCUAUCUCUAUCUCUCUCCUGCGGACUACAUGAAGGUGAGUGCGGAGGGAAGUGUGAGGACGGAGCUGAUAGAGGAUGAGGGAGAGUCCAGAUACAAGAUCACCGACAUCAUUGGGAAGAAGGAUGGGAUUGGAGUCGAGAACCUGCGAGCCUCAGGGAUGAUCGCCGGGGAAACCUCACAGGCCUACGAGGAAGUCCUCACAAUUAGUCUGGUAAUUUGUACAGUGGAACCCCUCUAAUCCAGACACCAGCGGGGCAGAAAAAAGUAUCCAUAUUAGUGAGGUGUACUUAUUUCAGGGGUUAAAUUACAAGAACUGUUCUUGGGGAAAGAAAGGUGUCUUAUUGGAGUAUGAGUUAAUGAUGUUUUGAUGAAUGUCAGGUGACUUGUCGAGCCAUUGGUAUUGGAGCCUACCUUGUCAGACUGGGUCAGAGGGUCAUUCAGGUGGAGAACUCUCACAUUAUUCUGACUGGAGCUGGGGCCCUCAACAAGGUUCUGGGGAGAGAGGUGUAUUCGUCCAACGCCCAGCUGAGGAGGAAUCCAGAUAAUGCACAACAAUGGCGUCACCCACCUCACUGUACCGAGCGAUGUGGAGGGAGUGGCGGCUAUCAUUGACUGGCUCUCGUACAUUCCCAAGAAAAAGAGGGGGCCCCUCCCGAUGAUGCCAUCUCUGGACCCAGUCUCAAGACCAGUGGAAUUUACUCCUACCAAGGCUCCUUACGACCCAAAACUCAUGUUGGAAGGAAGACGCGGAGAUGUGAAGUGGGAGGGAGGGUUCUUUGACCGAGGGUCGUUCAUGGAGAGCCUCAGUAACUGGGCCCAGACUGUCGUCACCGGGAGAGCCAGACUCGGGGGAAUCCCCUGCGGAGUCAUCGCCGUGGAAACCAGGAUGGUGGAGAGUACGGUGCCAGCAGACCCGGCCAAUCCGGACACAGAGAGCAGAACGAUAAGCCAGGCUGGACAGGUGUGGUACCCAAACUCCGCCUUCAAGACUGCUCAGGCUAUUAGUGACAUGGACAGAGAGGGGCUUCCCCUUUUUAUCUUCGCCAACUGGAGAGGCUUCUCCGGAGGAAUGAGGGACAUGUAUGACGAGGUGCUAAAGUAUGGAGCUAUGAUAGUGGACAGUUUGCGGGUGUAUCAGCAGCCGGUCUUCAUCUAUCUCCCACCUCACGGGGAACUGAGGGGAGGAGCCUGGGUGGUAGUGGAUCCAACCAUUAACCCCGACCACAUGGAGAUGUAUGCUGAUGAGGAGAGCAGAGGAGGUGUUCUAGAACCAGAGGGAACCGUGGAGAUUAAGUUCAGGAGAAAAGAUCUCGUGAAGACUAUGGAGAGAUUAGACCCCACCUACCGCUCCCUGCUGGCAAAGACCAGCUUACCAGACCUGACUCCAGUGGAGAGGAAGACUGCACUGAGUCAGCUAAAGGCCAGGGAAGAUCACCUCACCUCCACAUACCAUCAGAUUGCCGUGACGUUUGCUGAUCUCCAUGACACUCCAGGUCGAAUGCAGGAGAAAGGGGUUGUCAAGGACGUCCUGAAAUGGGCCGACUCCAGACGGUUCUUCUACUGGAGACUGAGGAGGAGACUCGGUGAGGAGCUGGCACUCAGGAUCGUCAUGGACGCUGACAGGUCCGCGAUAAUUAUAACAACUGCCACAAAAUCUUCGUGAAUCAAACAUUUUCUUUCCCCAUUCUAUCCUUAAUCUUAUGUAGAGCUCAUAGCCACAUGAGCGUUGUUGUUUCUUGUUCCCAUAGCUUUAUUUCAAGAGGUGAGGCAAUGGAGCUGUUGAGACGAUGGUUUGUGGAGGACAAAGGCACUCUGAACACGUUCCUGUGGGACCAGGAUCAGGUAGUGGUGCCGUGGUUGGAGUCGCAAGUCUCAUCUCCCUCCUCGUCCGUCAGGGAGAAUGCUGAAUGCGUCAAGAAAGAAUUCAUCUUACGACAGCUUCACAGUCUGAUUACAAGUCAUCCACAGGUAACACAGGAGGCCAUAGUUCACAUCAGUCAACAGCUCUCGCCCCAGGAGAGAACGCAGGUGAUGCGGCUGCUGAGUAACAUGGACACUAGAUCCUCUGAGAACUGAUCUCUAUGUAGCAAAAAAAUGGUGUUAUGUAAUUGAAGAUUUUGGAUUAUGUAUUUAUUAAUUUUUCACAAAGGUGUUGUCAAUUUACUCUCUUGCUAGUCUAGUACUGCUGCAUAUGUGUGCCAAGGGUUAAUGUGGUGAAGUGAUUGUGCAAAAAAAAUCGCCCAGCCCGCUAUGUCACACUAUGCUGUGCUGCCCUUUGAGAAACGUGUGUCAG